AUGCAGAGUGAUAACCUAUCAGAAAAGAUAUGCUAUGAGGUAGCUGAAUACAUUGUUGGAAAGUCGUUUGAUACUGCAUUCAAAAUUUAUUUGACAAAUCAGUUGAUUCCAUUCGUGGUACAUCAAGCAUCAUCAUCUCUUUCGCAGCUGGUUAAUUUGGAAUUUAUGUGUUGUGAUCCAGGUGAACCAUGUAUUACAACCAGUAGUGAGUGGAGAGAAGAUGAAGUCGCUGACUCGUGCAGAAUAGAUUCUUGGGCUCAGGGAGCGAUUUCAAAGUCUUUCCACACAAAGCUACUAGAGGAAGUGACUAAAAACGUUGGCUUGUGCCAAUCGGUAGGAUUCAAGCUCUCUGACCGAGGAAACCUUGACAAUUAUAUUGGCUGUAAUACUGCUAAGGAAGAGAUUAAUGGAAAUGUAUGUAAGCCAAGUGAUAUGACGGUGAAAAGCGAGACUAAACCGCAAAGAAUAUUUUUAAACAAACAUCAAAAGUGUAAACCCAUUGGAGAUAAAUGUUUCAUCCUCAAUAGGAAUGAAAAGCUUAAGGAGUUAAAUUUAACACCACAUAAAGAAGGACUUUCUAAUGAAGUUGGAAAUCUUUCUGUAGAAGAUGAAUCCGCUAAUAACAAGCAAGAAAACAAUACUAUUAAAAAGAAACGAAUCGUGAAGCCAGCGAUGAAAUUAGUGCCUGAUGCUACGCUUCUUAGCAAACAGAUAAGUGGAUCAGGCAGACUUGUUUUCGACAAUGAAGGCAAUCUAAUCAGUGUACCUAAGUUAUAUCCUAUUAUUAACAAUAAGCAAUCAGAGUCAACAGUGAUUACCAGCUGUACAGAGUUGACCAGUAAUCUUCUUGGAAAGAAAAUCCCGAUUCAAUGGUAUUUUCGAACGGAUUCACUGGUUCAUGGAACUCAAAAUCAGCGUGAACCAACCUCUAGUACUAAUAAUUCUAUUAGGAAUAAAACUAAAACAGCCAGAUCAUCAGUGUCUAGUACUACAGGUAAUAAAAGAAGACAAAGAAAUCGUAGUUUAGAGUCAACUGAAUACAUAGUUGACCCUGAAAUGAUACGCUUACAAAAGAUGAAGAACUCUUAUGCAAAUAUACCGAACGCAACUGAUUUGGUUGACUUAGUUUUAGGUGUUACAGUAUCAGAUGGAGACCACCUGAAGAUUGGUCGGUUUGUUAAUGAUAAAUUUUCUUCUCUCCUAAAUAUUAACUGGGAUGGUCUUGAAGAAAUUCCAUCGGUAAAGGCCAACUGA